AAGCGUAAUAUGGUCGCAUCUCUAGUUGUGUUACGUCAUUCUCAUUUUCAUUCGAAAUUUAAUUUUCUACCUUUUCAGAGGUUUCAUCUACUUUGCAUUUAAAACUUGCAAGAAAAAGAGUAAACAUGAGUGCUUGGAGGCAAGCCGGUUUAAAUUACAUAAACUACUCCAAUAUCGCUGCCAAGAUGCUCCGCCGGUCACUGAAGCCUGAAUUACGGACUGAAGCGUUAAAGCGAGACGAGUCCCAUGUCCGAAUUACACCUUGGGCUAACGGCAGACCAGCUCAUGAAAAGGAUUAAUUACUGUACUUACAAGCAGCUGCCAAGUAGAUGGAAGAACAAUUUAUGGCCAUGCAUUAUUCUCAUCAACAGUGAAUUAUUUAUUAUAAUAGACCUUUAGCCUAAUAAACAUCUAUCAGUUAAUGAAUGAUUGUAAAUAAUGUACCUAACUGGUGCAA